ACUUUCAUCUACCAACCGACAUUAUCACAACAAAAACACACAGACAAACUGAAACCUUGUUCAUCAUCAGACUGGAGAUCUACAGGAACAACAUCUACAUGUACAAUCAGAUCUCUCAUCACAUUUAAUACUGGAGUGUACUGGUGUCAGUCUGAAUCUGGAGACAAACUUCAUCCUGUUAAUAUCUCAGUACACAAUGCUGAUGUGAUUCUGGACAGUCCUGUUCAUCCUGUGACUGAAGGAGAUCUUCUGACUCUACGCUGUUUAUAUCGAGAUAAAAAACCCUCUAACCUGAGAGCUGAAUUUUAUAAAGAUGGAUCAGUGGUGCAGAAUCAGACUACAGGAGACAUGAUGAUCAUCCCUACAGUCUCAAAGAUAUAUGAGGGUUUCUACUACUGUAAACACCCAGAGAGAGGAGAGUCUCCAAAGAGCUGGAUCUCAGUCAGAGGUGAGAGUCUCUCCCCAUAAGCACUGCUGAAAUGUUUUUGCAUAUGCAUAUAUAGUUAUAUAAGGAUGUAUCUCCAGCCGCAGGAUCUUCAUCUCUAG